CAUUGCUGAACGCUAGUGACUCAUAUCAGACCUCCUCAGAACUGCUCUCUUCAUAGAAGAUCUCCUGGAUCCAGAUGCCAGAUAGCAAAAGAUUGGAUUUGACGACCAUUUGAUGAGAGGUUUCAGUUUAUACAUCGCACAACCAGUGUCUCGAUAUUUCUACCUACUCACUUCAAAACAGCGUUACUACAUCUUUUUAAGUUAAUUCCACACGCUCCAAAGCAGAGCAUUGUCAAAGGAUGAAAGGAUUUCGAAUUCAAGUGUUUAUUGUCCUCACCACCUUCUUAUGGACAUCAGGACUAGGAUGCCACAGCGGAGAUGAAGAUUUGUGGUGUACAGUUGAUUACCUCACGACAAUGACUUGUUGCUGGUCGGACAAAGUUUCUAAAAAUGCCUGCUGUACAUUGUGGGUUAAUGACCCGGAACAUGACGAAGAGGACGAGGAUGAGCGUGAAUUUCCAAAAACCUGCACCCCAAGGUCAUCAGAGAUGCAAGGCAGAAGCUGCAAUCUCACUGUCCCGUUUUUCGCUGCUGCACAGACCUUUAACUUGACUCUGCUCUGCCCAAGCUCUGAAGCUAAGGUUGCUGUAGUCUGGAUUCCAAAUUUCAAACCGUUUCACAACAUUAAGAUGAAACCACCGUUCAACCUAACAGUCACCAAUAAUUCCCAGACUCAGACCGAUUUCAGCUGGAUGAUACAGUAUGAAAUGCAUUUCAGUGAUAAACUGCAAACUGAAUUGCGAUACAAAACUGAGGAUGAACAGUGGACAAAUGCCAGGAAGCUUCACAUUGUGAAAUACAAACAACAGGCAUCGAUUGACGGGUCUAAUCUGAAACCUGACCAUCUAUACAUAGCGCAAAUCCGCAGCAAAGUAGUGGAUGACAAUCCAGAUGACUACAGGAGUACGUGGAGCGAAUGGAGUCAAGAGGUCAAGUGGAAAUCGGCAGUACUCACACACUCGGAUGGUAUCUUCAGAGUGACCCAGAUCACGUCUCUGUUAUUUGCGGGAAUCCUGUUUGUGUUAGCCAUUUUGGCCAUCUUGACCUUUAGACAACUGACCAUAAGAAGGUACAAUGUGAAGAAACUCCAUUGGCUAUCCAUACCAGAUCCAGGCAAAUUCUUUUACGAGCUGAAUGCAACCUACGGAGGCAAUUUUCAGAAAUGGCUUGGGUCGACAUUGCCAGCAUCAUUCAACAGCACCGAGGACCUAGGAACAGAAAUCUCUUCAGUUGAGGUUUCAGAAAUAAAAGAUUCAGAGUCCUUCAUCAAACAGGAUUACGUCUCGGACAGCAGUGGAUUCAAGAGUAUGGGAAAUUCAUCUCUGUCCAGCUUUGCGAACCAAGGCUACUUCUGGUUUAGGUAUCCCAGCACUUAUGAAGUGGAUUCUUGUAAAGUUUAUUUUAGCUAUGACCGCAGCAGCCUUCAAUCAGGAAGUGAGGGCAGUGGGUCAUAUCUAGAGAAGAAUGGGUCUUGCCCGACCUUGUCCAAUGAUUCUCUAUAUGACAGCAGUCAGCAGAAUUCACCCUGUAGCGUCUUUGUAACAGAUCCAGAUCAGGAAUGCAUCUCAACUCAAAUUAAAGCCAGUGGAAAGGCCUCAACUGAUGAAGAAGUGGAUGAUCCACCAAGAGGACCUGAGGAUCCUACCAAUGUAAAAUCCUCAGGCGAAUUGGGGUACCUUGGACAACUGCUAAGAAAUGAUUGUCCAUCCAGAGGAAGUCAAGAGGGUCUCAAUCCGAUCGUCCAGAUGCACCUAUUUGAACAUUUGAACUACCCCUUUGUUUCUCUGGAGGACAUAGCAUUUACAACAAAACAGGAAGGUAUCAGCAGAUGUGAUUCUGACAGCUUAAUGUUUGGCGAGAGUCAGAUGGGACCUCCACCCAUCAACAUGGAAAACAUCAUGAGUGCACAAUGUCCUCUCGAUGGGUUUAAGCAGGAAAGCGCCAAUAUUCUUAAGAGCACAUCUCUAAAUCUGGGGCAGUCUAGUGAUGCAUAUCUUUCCCUUAAGGAAGUUCAAAGUAAAUACAGUAACCAGUCAAUUUAGAAUGGAUUUUAAUAAGGAUUGAAUAGUCGUAGGUCAAAUAUUUGCACUAUUGAGACUGGAUGUGCAUUUAGCUUUGUCCUCAUCCAAAGAGACAAUCCAACAUCUAUUUCUCUUCAUAACUGUGUCCUUGGGAUCAUUUAUGUCCAUCACAGAGCUCAGACAAGGCUUGACUUAAUUAUCUCAUCCAAAGGACUUUGAUGAGUGCAACACUCCCCAGAAUUCACAAGCCUGCCUCAGUGUGAGAUUUGAACGCAGCACCUCUAACACUGAGCCAGAGCUGACAUGAACAUUUUGUCGCUGUGUGGUUUGGAGUUUUGAAAGGCCGGGCUUCAUUCAUGUUUAGCUGAUGACUCACUUGGUAGCACAGCUAACACAGCUCUUUGAGGACCACCUUCCAAACACAUGAACUAUACCAUACAAGAGACCAGAUAUUUGGGAACAACAGCAGCUACAAGUUUCCCUCCACACACCACUUGGAACUAUUUUGUUGCUCCUUAACUGUCGCUAGAUAUAAAUCAUGGAACUCCCUCUCUAACAGCACCCUGAACACCAAACGGGACCGCAAAAAGGCAGCUCAGCACCACCUUCUCCAUGGAAAUGACGCAUUGGCAUAGCCAGCAAUGCUGACAUCCCAUGAAUGAACAACUGAAAAAAAAACCCUAAUGGAAGAAAAAGAACUUGCAUUGCACUUAGCAUUCCAAUUUGCAUACACCCACAUUCCCAUGAACAAAAUUACAGCAGGGUCACAAAUAGCCAUUGAGGUGGGAGGAGGAUGAAGACAGGCAAAGUUCAGGCGGCUUAGAUCCCACUUGACAAAAUCAGGAUAAAGCCAGGGACAGCAAGCGAAGCCUAGAAAAGGAUAAAUGAGUGUACGUUUUGUCAUUAAUAAGCUACAUGUUAAAGGGCCUGUUCUCGAAGGAGCUGAGACU